AUGCACCGGCAGGUCAGAGGGUUCUGUAUUAUUAUUAAUAACCAGGUGUUUGCGGACCCGGAGCUAACAUUCCGGAGGGGUUCCCGAGCCGAUGCCUACCGACUGUCCGAUGUGUUCAGUCAACUCAGUUUCGAUGUCCAUAUGUAUGACAAUCAGACCAGCGAUCAGAUGACGGAGUUGUUGAUGAGGUUCAGGGAUAGGGAGGCAGACCUGUCAGCCCACGACGCGCUGGCGGUUAUUAUAAUGAGUCACGGCUGUAAGGAUGGUGUGUACGGGUCGGACGGACAGGUAGUUCCCGUGAAUUCUAUUUUGCGAUAUUUUAAUAAUGACAACUAUGAAAUGGACCAGGGUGUUUGCAUAGAUCCAGAUCUUAGCCCUCAGAUCCAACACAGAAACAGAAAAAAAAGUUUGUUCCCGAAGGAUAUUAUGAGUAUAAUUAUCAUUCCCAAGUGGAGUGACAUAUUUGUAUACUACUCCACCAUCGAGGGUUAUUUAUCGCCGCGGAAUACAAUUACCGGUUCGUGGUUUGGCUAUGGGUUGGCCCACUGUUUGGCGCAAUACUCGGCCACUGAACACCUCAACGAUUUGGUGACCAUAAGACUGGCCAAAAAAGUCGACCACAGAAUCAGUCGACUAAAGGGGACACUGGUCUUCAAGUCGGCCAUUGAAUGCAAAACAUUAGGAUACGCUAAGAAAAGAAAUCUCAGGGAAACUGAAGACGAAUUACUGGUAAUCAUAGCUUACAUGGAGUCCAUGGAUUGGAAAGGCAUUAACAAAUUUGGUCACACUAUGGAAACAUCCGGAUUGCUAUCCCAUGAAUUAUGCGAACACUACUCCACCACUCAAUGGAUGACUCGACUCAGAGACCUGGUAUUUACGGGCCGGGAGUUCACGAGUAAAUUAACUCUAAGAAAAGCUCGCAAAAUAAAGUCUACUAAACGGGGAGACGUAUACCCAAUGCAUAGGAAAGAAAGAGGUUUUUGUAUUAUCAUUAAUAACCAGUGGUUUGCGGACCCGGAGCUAACAUUCCGGAGCGGUUCCCAAGCGGACGCCCACCGGCUGUCCGAUGUGUUCAGUGAACUCGGUUUCGAUGUCCAGAUGUUUGCCAACCGGACGAGUGAUGAGAUGAAGAAGUUGUUUAAGGGGUUCAGGAAUAGGGAGGCAGACCUGUCAGCCCACGACGCGCUGGCGGUUAUUAUACUGAGUCACGGCUGUGAGGAUGGGGUGUACGGCACAGACGGACAG